UUUUCACAUCCCUAUGCUGUUUAAAGAAAUUUAUAUUUAUUUAGGUCUUUAGAAAAUAUAAAAAAUACAAUUUUUACCCUAUAAUAUUAUCCUAAUAAUUGACGAAAAUCAAAUUCAAAGAUUCGGCCAUAACUUCUUUCACUAAAGUCAUGCUGAGAUAUAGAAAAUAGAACGAUAGGGAAGUUCAUCAAAAUAAAGUGUAAUAACAUCAGCAGCAGCAGUAGUUGAAGUCGCAGCCGCCGUAUCGAGAGACACCGAAAAGAAUUGCACUUUUCACUAAUCCAACAACAAUUACGCUGGAUAUGGACAAUAAUGCAGACAACAACACGAAAACAACAACAAAUUUAGCAAACACAUCAACGCAAGCCAACAAAUCAUUAUCGUUAUCAUCCUCCUCAAUUACCCAGCAGCAGCAACAACAUCAAAUUCAACAACUAUCCACCACAACAGUGACAACAACAACAAGUAGCACUAACUCCUUUUGGAAGAAUAGUAACAGGGUUGUGCCUGGUCGACCAAGUCCAAAACGUGACACCAGUACUUUGUCUGGUAAGGUAGCUGGGGUUGGUCACAGUGGCGGUAUGAUGGCAACCUUUCGUGAUUACCAAAAUUCCGUCAGUGAUGCCUGGGACACGGGUGAUGAUGAAUUUUGCAUAAUAUCGAAUGCCACGCAACAACAACAACAGCACCAAUUUAACAAUAGAGGAACCAAUGUAUCAGAUGAAUCUUCGGCACCCAUCCAUAAAACCGAUCCCCGAAUAUCACGUCAAGUUUCACAAACAUUGGCUCAAAAUGUCAUUGAAGUUCAUAAAUCGUCAACAAUGACAACAAACAGCGGUGGCAUAUCAGCGGGCGGUGCAACAGCUCCGAAUACAAUGACGUGUAACAAUAAUACGGCCAAUGAGACUCACAAUUCGAUGGAUAAUGCUGUUAAGAAUCCGGAGAGUACAACAGCAAAAUCAAUGCAAAAGGAUUUGAAAACGCCAGAAUCAGAUGAAAUAAGACCUCGUAUUCGCCAUAUUCAAGCAUUGCCUGGACGUCCACAGUUACAAAAGUUUACCUCGAAUUCUCAGGACUCCGAAUAUGAAACAAAAAUUGAAAAAUUCCAAGUUUUAUUGGAUUCACCGCUAUUGGAUUUAGUUGCUUUAAAGAAGCUAAGCUGGUCUGGUAUUCCUAGAAAGAUGCGUGCCAUAAGUUGGCGUCUAUUAUCGAAAUAUUUACCACCUUCUGGCGAACGACGCAAUGGUGUGCUGGAAAGUAAACGACAAAAUUAUCAAGACUUAAGACACAAUUACUUUAGGGUCGACAGUCCCGAUGAAUCGCAACAGGAUACAUACAGACAGAUUCACAUUGAUGUGCCACGUAUGAAUCCCCAAAUAGCACUCUUCCAACAAAAACUGGUGCAAGAAAUGUUCGAAAGGAUUCUGUUCAUAUGGUCGAUACGGCAUCCGGCCUCGGGCUAUGUUCAAGGGAUUAACGAUUUGGUUACACCAUUUUUUAUUGUAUUUUUACAAGAGAAUUUACCACCAGGAACUGAUAUCGAAAAAUUCAAUAUGGACUCAUUAUCGGUUGAAAUUCGUGAUGCCAUUGAAGCCGAUGCCUUUUGGUGUCUAUCAAAAUUCCUCGAUUGCAUACAGGAUAAUUAUAUAUUUGCUCAAUUGGGUAUCCAGGAGAAAGUGAAUCAAUUAAAGGAUCUAAUACAAAGAAUAGAUGGAAAUCUCCAUCGUCACUUACAACAACAUGGUGUGGAUUAUUUACAAUUCUCAUUUCGUUGGAUGAAUAACCUAUUAACUCGCGAAUUGCCUCUGCAUUGUACAAUACGUUUAUGGGAUACAUAUUUGGCCGAAUCCGAUGGUUUUGCAUUGUUUCAUUUAUAUGUUUGUGCUGCCUUUUUGUUGCACUGGAAAGAGCAAUUGAUGCAACAAGUUGAUUUUCAGGGCCUUUUAUUACUGCUACAAAAUCUGCCUACACACAAUUGGUCUGAUCGUCAAAUCAAUGUCUUGGUUGCCGAAGCAUUUCGACUCAAAUUCACCUAUGCCGAUGCACCCAAGCACCUGGAAGCCAAAAGUUGACAUCAACGCCAAUAUAUGUAUGUGUCCACUUAGAGAAAACUAAACAGCAAACGAGCUAGCAAGGAAACGUGACUCCCAAAAAUAGAAGCGAGCAAAGCGCAAAGAAAACAACAAUUGGAAAUCCAUAUUAUUUAAACUACAUUUUGGAUGAGAAACAAACACAACAAAAAACAAACACAACAACAAUUUAUUAAAUAAUACAUAUAAACAAAAUAGACCUAGUUAUAUAUUACAAAGCUUAAAGCUACCUUAGUUUAUUAAUUGUAGUGUGUCAAAUCUAAGAAAUACCGCAACAACAUCUUACCCCCCAAAAACACAAAACGAAAAAAAACAUUUGUGUGUGGUGCAAAGCCAAAAUAAAUAAUUAAAUGUGUUUGUCUUUAUUAAAAGAAAAAAAAUACGAAUGAAUGAUAUCCCUAGAAUUACAAACUAAAUCAAUGAAAAUGUAGUUAUUUUUUAACCACUGUGUUGUUUGUUUCCUUCUUUUUUUUAAUCUUUUCCAUUUUAAAUGUUUAAAGCAUAAAGCGAGAGAACUUAUUUGUCAUAUGCAUCCUGGACGCAAAUCUAUAGAGUUAUAUUAUUGAACUAGAUAUCUAUGUAACUUUUAAAUUUUUAUUACUAUUAUUAGAGAAUAUCCCGAAACAAAAACCAAAAUUUGAAAUUUUAUUUCAUUUAAAUAAUGAGUAAAAACAAAACAAAAAACUAUACGAAAUGAAGGUACACAAAAAAACCAUAUACACACACAUUCGCAUACAACUCUAUUAAUAAUAAUUUGUAUAUACAAUAAAAGAUUAUAUUAUAUUAAAAACAAAAACGGAUAAAUAAAUAAAAACAAA